GGGCUGGGUUUGGGAGGGUUUGGGGGGGAGUCGGUGCGACAGUCGGACAGCUCCGCCUCAGCCAGUGCUCAGCAGUAUAAAGCGCAGCGCUCACAGUCGCACUCUCAUCAUUAACCAACAUCAACGAAAUGGUCAGCCGUGGAGCUGCAGCAAAAUGCUGGAUGGACACCUUGUUCUGGGAUGGCUAUCAGUUGCCCUAGUAGCCCUCCACUGCCUCGGGCCGGCGGCUGCUAACUUCGGAAUUCCAGCCCUCAUGUCUCUACGUUCCCACACCAGACUGACUUCGGAGGGGCAGAGCAAUGGCAAGAGUCUGCACCCACCUCGGUCUAAAGAAGAGGCACCCAGACAUAGACGAUACACCCGAACGCUGACAGGGAAUGAACCAUUGACCAUCCUCCCUCUGACCUCAGAAACGGAGGAAGCUGCAGUGAAGGCCCAUUACAAAAUCUGUGACCGGCUUAAGCUUGAGCGGAAGCAACGUAGGAUGUGCCGACGAGACCCGGGGGUGGCCGAGACCCUUAUAGAGGCCAUCAGCAUGAGUGCACAGGAGUGCGAGUACCAGUUUCACUUUGAGCGCUGGAACUGCACCCUGGAAGGACGAUACCGAGCCAGUUUACUGAAGAGAGGUUUUAAGGAAACAGCAUUCCUUUACGCCAUCUCCUCAGCAGGACUGACCCAUGCAAUGGCCAAGGCAUGCAGCGCAGGUCGCAUGGAACGCUGCACAUGUGACGAAGCUCCAGACCUGGAGAACAGAGAGGCCUGGCAGUGGGGGGGUUGUGGGGACAACCUGAAGUACAGCAACAAAUUUGUUAAGGAGUUUCUGGCUAAUAAGUCCAACAAGGAUCUGCGGGCAAGAGUGGACUUACACAAUACCAACGUGGGGAUUAAGGUUAUUAAAGCUGGAGUUAAGACGACGUGCAAGUGUCACGGAGUCUCUGGAUCUUGUACAGUGCGCACAUGUUGGAGACAAUUGUCGCCUUUUCACGAAAUUGGGAAACAACUGAAGCAAAAAUACGAGACUUCACUAAAAGUAGGAAGCACUACUAAUGAAGCAACUGGAGAAGGGGACAUUUCUCCACCCAAAAAGCCAGUUGCUGGCCACAGCGACCAAAUUCCAAGGACUACAGAUUUAAUAUACAUCGACGAUUCACCAAGUUUUUGUCGGAUGAGCAAAUAUUCUCCUGGCACUUCCGGAAGGAGAUGUUACAAAGAUAAAAACUGUGAAAGCAUUUGCUGUGGACGGGGACAUAACACUCAGAGUAAUGUAGUUACAAGACCUUGCCAGUGUCAGGUUCGAUGGUGCUGCUAUGUGGAGUGUAAAGAGUGCACACAAAAGGAGGAGGUGUAUACAUGUAAAGAUUAGCCAACAGUUAUAGGAUUGGAGGUCACCAUAGGAGGAAACCAUCACAGCAUAUGGAAUCAAAGCAAGGUCUGAUUGACUAUGGGAUCUAAAGCUAUAUAUUAAGACAUAAGCACUUUGUAGGGUACAGAUAACCCAACUGUGUUGCUGUUUUUAGGCGUGUUUCACUGGGUUGUACACCCAUUUUAUAAUCUCUUAUUUGCUCUGUGUCUAUGAGUAUAACCAACUUAUAGUGAGCAGGGCUAGAACAAACCUGUAACUGUUGUAAGGGCUGAUCCAAUCCAUAGCCAAUCACAGUAGUAGAAUGUUCACAAUACAAAGAUAAGAGCUGAAUGCAAUAGGAACAGCAACUAAAUGUUUCAAACAUGCUUCUAUAUGAGACAAAGUUCAUACAUUCAACUGGCUUUUUUGGCCAAGCUGGAACAUUUCAGUGGUAUAAUUAAGUGCACAGGUAGAGAUCCAUAAUAUGGUGGUCAUCUUCUGGUCAUCAUAGGUCAUCCUAUAAAGAUGACACUAUGUGGGCACCUGGAUCUUGGCCUGGACACUAAUUCACUUGGUGAUGGAAACUCCAGCAAGUGGGAGAGCAAGGGAAACCAUAGCUUUCUUCUGUUCUUUUCUGCAAUCUUCCAGUAAGUUUUGUGGGAGAAUAUGUCUACAUAAUGCAAAUAGUAAUGGAAAACCAAAUUACCAUAAUGGCCUUGUACGAAGAGAAUGCUCAUACUGAUUUGUUCUGAACGGCAAGGGCUAAAUCAUAUCCUUUUGUUGACGAGCAAAGACCAACUUUAGAGAGUCUGUUGUCUUUAGAAUAUGCAAAUGGAACCUUCAGAGGCCUUUUUAGCACUAUCACUGUCUUAAAAAAAACCACUAGAAAAUUUUAUUUUCAUUGUAUAAAUAUAUAAAUAUAUAGACGUAUAUAUUUUGAUUUUUUUCUUUUAUUAAAACUAACCCUGUGGAGGUUACCUAAACACCUUUGUUUUCAAGAGUACUAUCUCAAUGACCUAGACCAGAAUGAUGUAUAUUCCUGAUGCUUAUUUUAUAGAAAAUGUAAAUUAAAAA